AUGGAUCUGCAAUCUCCUUCAAUCUUGGCGCAAUUGCCUCGCCCUCUUCAUGCUUCCACAGGCAAGACUCAUAUCGGCGAUGUGCACAGUCUUGCCGAUGCCAAAAAGCGCAAGCGCUAUGAAGUCGCCGUCGCUGUUGAUGGAGAGGCAGUCAACAUCUACAAUAUUCAAACACCCAAACUAGUUACUAGCUACGCCGUUCCUCCGCAGUCGACUUUCUCUUGCCGGCCUUGUUCUGUACGCCGAAAGCUGGUGAAAAAUUCGCUAGUGAAAAGACAAACAUACACCGCUUCAACGAAGCCUGAUCACCAGAUCAAGUGUUUCCUCGAGGAGAUUGGAAAUGGCUCAAGCGCGCCUGUUAUUUCUUCGUCGACCGCCACCAUUACGGACUCCAAGAGCCCAACCGCAUUCGUGGGCAUUAUUCCAUUUAGCGUCGAUGGCGAUGACGAAGUCAAUCCUUUUGAUAUUCUUGCUGUGCAUCAGGAUGGUCGGGUGCGCAGGUUUUCUUCAGACUUGAAAACUCAGCGUUGGAGUAUUCAGCACUCGGAGAUCGCCAAAGUUUGCGCGACCCAUGCUGUUCAUUCUUGUUUCUUGAUCGAUCUCGAAGAUGCAAAGAAGGGUCUUUUCAGGAGAAGACAAGAUCUGGCUGCGCUUGCUUUGGGAGAUUCGACAGCUGGGGCUGACGAACCAUCGGUUUUGCUCAUUGUAUCCCAACCCAAGACCGCAGACACAAUUGCAUUGGAGAAUGUGAAUGUCCAAAUAUUCUCUGUGCCUGCUAACUCCAAUGCUGGAAUCCACGCUCUCGAAGAAAGCCAGCGCUUGCGGCACCUACAAACGAUCCAGAUCCCUGCCCUUCCCGGACUUGGCCAAAUCAACACUCAUGGCCUGCAAUGGAGUUUCCACUCGGGAUCUGCAGGGCUUCAGCUCUCAUUUGAAGCCGGAUUUGUCAAUGUCGACUUAUCACAGUAUUCCCCUUGUGUUACUUCGCAGUUUGUUCAGAAUGAACGUUUCUCCUCCGUCAUGCGUAUUUCACCCCAGUGUGUGAUUGGCGCCACUCAGUCUUUGGUGGCUGUAUACGACACACAAUACCAAUCCGUCCAGCGCAGUAUCACUAUCGGAGACAUUCUCCCAGGAGCCGGGUCAAAUGCAAAUGGACCCACGACUUUCAUCAGCUAUUUCGCAAAGCUUGGAAUUGCGGUCGCGACCAAGGGUAACACUCUCAUUGGAUUUGAUUUGACCUCCCUACACAACCAUUGCGGACAGUCCCUCAAGCGUUCCCGAGAUGGUCUCCUUAUUGAUGCCAUUGGAAGAGGUAUCGGGGCGUCUGCUGCACAAUGGGACAGCCUGGCAUCUCUGCCAAUCACCUCUCCGGAGCAGGCGGAGAAGUGGAAUAUAUUGACCAAGACUGUGAACGCGGCCACUAAAUCCAAGGAUAGCAAGCUGUUUGACAAGGCAGUUCUCGAUUAUUUUGGCUCCGUUGAGGCUCCCGGCUUACUUCCUACGCGCAAACAAUAUGUCAACUCCGAGUCUACUCUGUUCUUGCUGUCGAAGAUCUUCGCCGUCGAAGACUCUGUGGUCAACGACAGGAUCUCCGCGUCCUCAUCAUCUCAGUUGCGAGUUAUUCUGUGGCCAUCAGCUACCUGUGACUGGCUCAUUCAAUUGGGUCAUCUAUCGGUGGACAACAUUGAAAUUGCUUUGCGUCGCGCUUGCAAGCCCCGUAUCCUCCAGUCCCUUCCCACUGGAUCUUUUGUUCAGGCCCUUAUCAAUUUCGAUCCCUCUCUGAAGCAUGUUAAUAGUGUUCUCGGCGGCCCCGCUGUGAUCUCUUCUGAUGAGUUGGCCUAUGCGUUGAAAUACUUUCUCAGCCAGGCGCGCUCGCAUUCUAGCGCUUUGGAAGAGACAGCUCGGGCUAUCACCAAUGGUGAUAUUGCUACACCCACCCAAGAACUCACUCGUCACCUGGGAGAUGAAGCUCUUACCUUGAAGGAUAUCUUCACGGGUCUCAACACAUGUUUGCGAAGCAUUCACUCGCAUCCGAUUCCUUCCGUUGUCCGAUCUCUCAGGUCCAAUUUGUCCCAGCCCGAACUGAUCUCCAUGGUUCACCACUUACGCCUAUCUCUUGCCACUGGUGGCUACACUUCCCGUUUCACCGAAAAUCCUCCCACCCCAAUCACCAUCGACCAGAUCACGCCUAGCCUCUCUCUUAAUGCCAUCACCGACCUAAUUACUGCUUCCGUAGAUGCUGUCGGUCCCUCCGGUUGGAUAUCUGCUCUGCCCAGUGUAGAUGAUCUCGAUGACUCUGACUCAGCCAUCGCUGCGGCUAGUCGCGAAAUGGAGCUGAUCGCUGACAUGAAGUCCGAGAUCUCUGCCGCCCUUGCGGGUGUGGAGGAAGCGACCUAUCUGAAGGGCAUUCUUCGCGAAUACCUCCGUUUCUCCGACCAAGUGACGACCCCAUCUGUUACAAGCACGGAUGUCCUCACCGCGAUUGAUGAGAAUGCCACACCGGCACCCUCUCAUUUAGUUCGCCACGAGAAGCUCAAUGGGGCUGAUUUGAUGGUCUUUACCCGCCCUGGCGAAGGUGAAGAUGGCUAUGAUGCGGAUGCUAGUGGCAAGAUGCUUCCGCUUUCCUUGAAACCUUCUUCGACAGAUGUCUCGCUCACCAAGAUCAAGAAGUCCACCGGUGAGACCAAGACACGGACCAACCGUGAGAUUGGUUAUCUCCGCCGCAAGGCCGUCGGCAAGUACUCCUUUGAGAGACUUCUCAUCUAG